AUGACUUUUGUUCCAAACACGGUACACCGUCUUUCCCAACAAAUCCGCUUUCUUUCUUCAUCCGCCAUGUCCUCAGUGUACACCCCGCGUCUCAUCGGCGCUGCCAACACUCUCGAUCAUCGCGUUUAUAUCGAGCAAAAUGGCUCAGUCAUUUCCCCCUUCCAUGACAUCCCUCUCUUCGCUGAUCAGAACAAUGGCAUCUUCAACAUGAUCGUCGAGGUUCCUCGCUGGACCAACGCCAAGAUGGAGAUUUCCACUGAAGAACCUUUUAAUCCUAUCAAGCAAGAUAUCAAGAAGGGAAGGCUGCGCUACGUCCGAAAUUGCUUUCCCCACCACGGCUACAUCUGGAACUACGGCGCCUUCCCUCAGACUUGGGAAGAUCCCUCCCAGUCUCAUGCUGAAACCAAGGCCAAGGGUGACAACGACCCUCUUGAUGUCUGCGAAAUCGGUGAACAAGUUGGUUACGUCGGACAAGUUAAGCAGGUCAAGGUUCUUGGCAUUAUGGCUCUUCUCGACGAAGGCGAGACGGACUGGAAAGUUAUCGUGGUUGACGUUCAAGACCCUUUGGCUUCAAAAUUGAAUGACAUCGAGGAUGUUGAAAGGCACCUACCAGGUCUCAUCCGUGCAACCAAUGAAUGGUUCAGGAUUUACAAGAUUCCCGAUGGCAAGCCGGAAAACACCUUUGCUUUUUCUGGAGAAGCCAAAAACAAGAAAUAUGCAACCGAGAUCAUUCACGAGUGUCACGAAGCUUGGCGUCGUCUUAUCACUGGGGAAACUCCCGCGAAAACCGCGACAUAUGAUCUCUCCAUUCGUAACAUCACAAUCCAAAACUCACCUGGCUUCGUUAGGAGGGAUGAUCCUCAAUACACCAACAUCCCCCAAGAUUCGAGGAAGCCUCCGAGUCCCAUCGAUCCCUCUGUCUCGAAAUGGUUCUAUAUCUCCUCUGCACAAGUCUAG